UGCAAACCAAACGCUAACAAGAAACACAUCGAAAAUGGCUUUGAUACCACAUCUUUUUGAUUACGACUUACCUUGGCCAAGGCGUCUAUUAGAUCAGAACUUUGGGCUUGCGUUAACACCUGAAGACGUUAUGAAAGCAGUGAGCAGUCCUGUCAUACCACGAUUACGACCGUGGUGGCCUCCUGAAGUUGGGUCUUCGCUAAAGGUUGAUAAAGAUAAAUGGCAAAUCAACGUGGACGUACAACACUUCUCUCCGGAUGAGAUCACAGUGAAAAUAUCAGAUGGCUAUAUCGUAGUUGAAGGGAAACAUGAAGAAAAGAAAGAUGAGCAUGGCCUCAUAUCCAGACAAUUUGUAAGGAGAUUCAAACUACCAGAUGAUAGUGAUCCUGAUGCUGUCGCUUCCAGAUUGUCAUCCGAUGGAGUACUAACAGUUUUAGCACCGAGAAAGUCUGAUACCGCGAAAGGUGAACGACCUGUACCCAUCACACAGACGGGACCUAUUAGAAAAAUUGUUGAAGACAAUAAACCCGAACUAAAGUGAAUUGUGUAAGCAUUUUGAUAGUUUUAAGUUGUUAUGUUGUUAAUCAUUUCAAUAAAUAAUAUUUGCCAAUUCAUUACAUAGUGUUGUUUUUUUUUAUAUUUUGCCA